AGAGAGAGAGAGAGAGAGAGAGAGAGGGAGGACAGUGCAAAUAGUGCACAUCAGCAGGCGUCGGAGCAUCUUCCUCAUCCUCACCUCCACCGAGCGCGUCUCGGCGUGACAUUGUCAAAGGAAGCUGAGGGGAAGUCGUCGGCGCAUUCAUCCUCCCUCCCGGCGCGCACUUUUUUUUUCUCAGUCUUAUAGCCCCGCUGCGUGGGAGACCGUCCUGUUCUCUCGGCACCCUUCGGCUCAUUUAUCCCCGGUUGGCUUGAAUAUUUCAUUGGAAAAAUGGCGGUCCGCGCUCAGUUGUACGGCGUAUUGUGCCUCUUCAGCGUCCCAACAGUGCUUCUCAUGUGCGUGUGCACGCCGACUGCCGGGACGCACCUCUUCCCGCAGCACUACACAAUGAUUCACUGGGCUGGACGCAUCGAGAAGGAGCUGGAAAAAGUUCUGCAGCACGUUACCGGAACUCAGCAAAUGAGAUCGAUUUAUAACGAGAAGAAAAGCCAGUUUGAAAUCAAGAGGAACAACCCCAAGGACCUGGUGGAGAGAGUGGCGCGGGACAUUUCCAAGCUGCUAAACAGCAAGAGAAAAGCCUUGGAGAAACUGGCCAGAGAGGCGGAGCAGCUUCAGAAGGAUCACGAAUGGCAAGAUGGCGUCACGGAGAAUCUCAUUUCAUACUACGAUUCCAAAGCGGAUUCAGACUAUACAGAGGAUGGAGAAGAAGAGAAUCCCCUGGAAAGCGCGUCCUCCGUAGAGUUGGAGUUUGUGGACGAUCCGAACUUCAAAAACAAAGUCAACUACUCUUCCAGCGCCGUUCAGAUUCCAACCGACAUCUACAAAGGCUCUCCCGUCAUUCUGAACGAGCUGAACUGGACGCAGGCGUUGGAGCGAGUGUUCAUGGAGAACCGUCGAGAGGACAGUUCCCUGCGCUGGCAGGUGUUUGGCAGCGCUACAGGCGUCACUCGCUACUAUCCAGCCACUCCAUGGAGAGCACCCAACAAGAUCGACCUCUACGAUGUCCGCCGACGACCCUGGUACAUUCAAGGUGCGUCCUCGCCAAAGGACAUGGUCAUCAUCGUGGACGUGAGCGGGAGUGUCAGCGGCCUCACACUAAAGUUGAUGAAGACUUCGGUCAACGAGAUGCUGGACACGCUCUCAGAUGACGACUAUGUGAACGUAGCCAGAUUCAACGAGAAGGCAGACGCUGUGGUUCCAUGCUUCAGAACUUUGGUCCAAGCCAACGUGCGCAACAAGAAAAUCUUCAAAGAGGCCGUCAUGCACAUGCAAGCCAAAGGAACCACAGAUUACAAGUCUGGCUUCACGUUUGCCUUCGAACAGCUUCUCAAUGAGAGCAGCGCUCCGAGGGCCAACUGCAAUAAAAUGAUUAUGAUGUUUACAGACGGCGGGGAGGAUCGGGCACAGGAAAUCUUUGAGAAGUACAACUGGCCCAACAAAACGGUGCGUGUUUUCACCUUUUCGGUGGGCCAACAUAAUUAUGACGUCACUCCCUUGCAGUGGAUCGCAUGUGCCAAUAAAGGUUACUACUUUGAAAUCCCGUCCAUCGGCGCCAUCAGAAUCAACACCCAGGAGUACCUGGACGUGCUGGGCAGACCCAUGGUGUUGGCUGGCUCCAAAGCAAAACAGGUCCAGUGGACCAAUGUUUACCAAGAUGCUUUGGGUUUGGGUCUUGUCAUCACGGGGACGAUGCCGGUCUUCAACCUCACCGCUGACACGGCAAGCUCUCAGAAUCAGCUCAUCCUGGGAGUCAUGGGAGUAGACAUUGCCAUCAACGAAAUCAAGAAGAAGACCCCUACAUACAGACUGGGAGCCAAUGGCUACACCUUUGCGACAGAUCCAAACGGUUAUGUCCUGCUUCAUCCCAACUUGCAACCAAAGAUCAUUAACUUCAGAGAGCCAGUCACUCUGGACUUUCUAGAUGCUGAACUGGAGGACAACAACAAAGAAGAGAUCAGAAGACAAAUGAUUGAUGGCAAAUCGGGGCAAAGGAAAAUCAAGACGCUCAUUAAGUCGGUUGAUGAGAGGUACAUUGACGAGGCCGUGCGGACGUACACGUGGACGCCUGUGGACGGCACUGACUACAGUCUGGGGUUGGUGCUGCCCACAUAUAGUGAGAACCACAUCAAGGCCAACCUGAGUGACCAGAUCCUGCAGGUGCAGUUGUCAUACAUCAAGGAUUUUGAGUCACUGCUGCCAAACAGUUUUGAGUCUGAAGGACAUGUAUUCAUUGCUCCCAGGGAGUACUGCAACGAACUGGAAUUGUCCAACAACAACACGGAAUUCCUGCUCAACUUUAUUGCGCUCAUGGAGAAAGUGACCCCGGACUCCAAACAAUGUGACAAUCUGCUGCUUCACAACCUGAUCCUGGACACAGGCAUCAUCAGGCAGCUGGUGGACAAAGUGUGGAAGAACAAAGACUUGAACACGUAUGGCUUCCUGGCCGUGUUUGCUGCCACCGACGGAGGAGUAACCAGAGUGUUCCCCAACAAAGCGGCAGAGAGCUGGGAAGAAGACCCCGAGCCGUUUAACGCCAGCUUUUACCGCCGCAGCCUGGACAACAAGGGCUACAUCUUCAGAGCGCCUCAUCGCACAGUCCGAGACGAGCUUCUCAACCCGGACAACGACACCAUCGGCAUCCUUGUCAGCACGGCGGUGGACAUCACGGUGGGAGGGAAGACCAUCAAACCAGCGGUUGUUGGAGUCAAACUGGACCUUGAAGCCUGGGUGGACAAGUUCAAGAUUCUUGCCAGUAACCACACUGACAACCGCCAAGGCUCACACACGUGUGGACCAAACAAGGGCUGUGAGAUGGACUGUGAAGCCAACAGUGACGACCUGCUGUGUUAUUUGGUGGACGACGGAGGCUUCCUGAUCAUGUCCAACCAGAAGGACGACUGGAACAAGGUGGGCAUGUUCUUCAGCGACGUGGACCCCUACUUGAUGUUCGCGCUCUACAACAACUCCUUCUACAACCGCAGGCAGUCCUUUGACUACCAGUCAGUUUGUGAGCGUGUGCCCAACAGCGAGGCUGGAGCUGCACCACGAGGAGUCUUUGUGCCCACAAUCGCAGAUUUCGUCAACUUGGCUUGGUGGACGUCUGCAGCGGCUUGGUCAUUUUUCCAACAGUUCAUUUAUGGACUGGCUUAUCAUGGCUGCUUUGUCAGAGAUGAGGUGGAUGCAGAAGGCAUUGACUCCAAAGAGAGAAGUUGUGUGAUGAUCCAGACUCAGUAUUUCCUAAGCAACCUCAGCAGUUCCUACAACAUCCUACAAGACUGUGGCAACUGCUCCAGGUUGAUUCACGCCAAGAAGCUCAACAACACCAACUUGUUGUUUGUCGUGGCUGAGAAGAUGCCGUGUAACACUUGUGAGGUGGACAAGUUGUCCCAGGAGGAAGAAGAGUUCAAGGAGGAGAACCCAUGUGAAGACACAAGUGUGGCUCGUUACAGAAAAGGACCUCCCACCUGCUUUGACAACAACAUCGCUGAGAACACGUCGGACUGUGGGCGGGGCCACACCUUCCAGCCGCCCUUCUACACGUUACUGCUGAUUCAGCUGCUUCUGCUCUACCCUGUGGUCAGCACUCACGCCGGACGUCUACUACAUUAACGUAUUUGCACUCUCACGCCCACACGUUUAGCUUCUUUCACGACCGCUACGCGACAUCGUCUCAUCGACGACGGCGGUCGGAAGUCCCCCCGCCUCCUCGAGUGCCGCCUUCUAGUCCGUUCGCUCACAAUCUUUGUCCUCAGCCACGGUCGUCCCACCGUCCCUCCCACACCAGACCACCAUCAAAGCAAAGUAGACUCCUUUCACUUUCACGGGACUUUGUUGAUUUAUGCACUAAUGUAUCUACUUGCCAAAAUGAGAUAGACGUUCAUGUGGUCUUACUUUUCUAGCCAAAAAGACACGUUUAUACCACAAUUACACAUAGAUGACAUCGACUUAUAUAUGUACAUGACAUUUUCAUGUACAUAACAUUUACAUAUAUAUGACAUUUAUAUGUACACAACAUUUACACGUGCAUGCCGUUUACAUGCACACAAAAUUUAUAUUUACAUGUACAUGACAUUUAUAUGUACAUUUACAUAUAAAUGAUAUUCACAUGUAUGACAUUUUUAUGUACAUGACAUUACUAAUGAGGGACGUAAGACGUGCUUGUAUUAAAUUGACGACGACUGUUUUUGUGACGUUAUGAUGUGCUCACACACGCACUAUACCUUUAAUUCUUACGUUGAAAUACAUUUCAAGUGUGAAGGGCAGUGUCGGGUUCUACAUUACGCACAAAAACUUCGGACAGAACUCAUCAGGCUUGUGUUGGGCCACGCUGAAGAGAAAAAUAGAAGAAAAAAGUAGGACAUUUUGUGUAAAUAAAUAAAAACCUCAGUAUUACCAGUGAAGAUGUAAUCGUACAAAGUAAGUGAACUAAUGACAAGUCGUAAUCUUACAAGAAAAAUAAAAUGUUGUGUAUAUUUUGCCAUCAUUUCUAAUCUUACCAAAACAAAAAGGCAUCAAAAUUUCCCGGUAAGUCAAAAUAAUAUCAGGGGAGAAAGAAAAGUUGAAAUCUUAAAAGAAAAAAAAAAAAAAAAAUUUAUGAGAAUGAAGAUUUUUUUUUUUAAUAGGGCAAAAAUCAAUCUUUGCACACAAAAAAGGAAAUUAUUAUCUACUAUAUAUUAUUUUCCAACAAAUAGUCAGUAAAGUAGUAAAGUUACAACAACAAAAAAGUCCUAUACUUACUAGAAUAAAUCCAACACAUGCAAGAAAAAUAUAUAAUUGUAAAUUGACGUUACAAAAAUAUUAAUAUAGUAAUAUUAAAAGAACACAGGUGUGAAAUAAAUAGUAGUGGUGUCCUGUUCUGAUAGUAAUAUUUUCGAUAUCAGAAAAAAAAGGUAUCUGAUUAAAUCAACCUGCAUCUAAAACUAAGAACUUUCAUUCAAGCAGUCUGUUUUUCUCUUGCUAGCUUAACAGACAGAUAACAUCUUGUCUCCAUUAAAGAGCCUUUACUUCAAAACACUAUAAACGUGAAAACACAGAAAUAAGUGUGUCAAUAUAACUUACAUGUAAUACUAAAUAACUUCUCCAUGACAUUCCCACGUAAAAUUAAUGCUUUCAAACAAAUGUGCUAGCUCCAUGCUAUUUUACAUUGGAUAUGCCAUAUACAUGGUACGUAUUAGCAUUUGUGAUGGUGAUUUCAACAUUAAGAUGCACGUUACACAUAAACAGCUGGUGUGUAGUAAGUACAAUACUUACAGUACAAACGCUUUGUUGGACUCAACAAAAGACGAGACUGGCACAUUCAACUUAAAUGGCAAAGACUACUUUCUGACUGCGGCAACACACCUCGGACCAUAUGAAAUGAAAGCAUACUAGCAAAAGAUACUCAGAAGAAGCUAUAAAAAGUAAAUAUUAUAAAGUACAUACAAGACACUUCUUUCCAGCAGUGUGAUAGCAACAAUUUACACGACAUAGUAAAAGUGUGUAUUAUUCCUGCUGAUAUUGCAUCUUUUUAGCGUGGCUCCGAUUGCCUGUUUGACCUUUAUCAGUCCAAAAUGCUAAAAGACAAAAGACUAAUUUAACCUGGGGAAGUGGGGGGAGGUGCACAAAUUAAAUAUGGCCGUCACGCGGAGUAAAGUAGAGUAAUCAUGUGAUCGUCAUGUUAGACCGUUUCAUCGUGCCUUGAUGCACCGUGUUGUGGACGACUGUCGUACUUUUGGGUUCUUGAAAAAAAGCCACCAUCAUCGUCAUCAGUAAGCUGAGGCGUAGCGCUAGAACAGGACACACCCUUUUUAUUGAUUGGGUCACAUGACUGCUGAAGUUGUGCGUGUGUGGAAUGUUGUCCAAAUUGUGAGCAAAGACAGUUUUCUUGAUUUGAUUUCAACACAAUCGAGUUUUAUGGAAGUUAAAAAAAAAAAAAAAGAUCUACUGCUUGCGUUGACAGAAUGUGAUCGUUGUUGAUGUUUUGACUUUUAAAAUGCAACGUACUAAAAACAACCGCCUCUUUAUAAAUGCCUUAGUGUCACUAACACACCCACACACACACACCCUAAUACUGUAGUUCAUAUUUUGUCGUCUUCUUCCGUGUGUGUCUUGGAAUCAUCACCAAUAGUUGACGCUUAAUUAUCAAUGAUCUUAUCAAGAAUCGAAAUGAAAAUACAGUGGAACCUCCAUCCUUAUCCAAGUAUAGUGGACAUAAUCAGUUCCCGGGUCAAACUGUGGCCAUCAUGCAUCCUUUAUUGGGGUUCAAGCUAAGUUUUAAAGUCACGGUAAAUAUUCGUGUUCAAUGUCUGCCAUGUUGUACUUAGCAGCCUGGUUCCAUUAAGUUCCAUUUCUGGGUCUGUUGUUAUUGUCACAUACACACCGUGCCAGAAAAGCCAAAGAAAAAGGGUGUUGUUCCUUGGAGGUUCUACUGUAUUUUGACAAAAAAAAAGAAAAAACUGUAUGUUCAUGGGGUCAUGUGACAAAGCAUAAUAAGGAUAACAAUACUACAAAUGAUUUCAUUCCGGGGGACAUCACAUGUGGAGAUCGUGUGUGCGUGUGUCCACAGUGCAGAAAAGUCCCCAUGCAUUAAUACAUACUGUCACCUAGUGGCCUUUUAUAGGUACUGCUGGAAUGGAAAAUACUAAACUGCUCGCUGAGUUGAAGUUUGCUGACAUUUGAUGUUUUUUCUUUCGACUUUUAUGCAACCACUUGCACUUUUCUAAUUUGGAGGUUCUACUGUAUUUUGCCCACAUGAGACAUGAAUCACGAAUACACUGCAAGAAAACUAUGAUAUGUCUGCAUCUUGUUUAAUGCACGGUGGUAGAAAAAUACAGAAAAAAACUUUUGUAUUUAAAAAAAAAAUGUAAUAUUAUUUACAAAUAUAAGGACAAGUGGUAGAAAAUGGAUGGAUGGAUAAUUAUAUUUUUAAUUAUGUUGAAUAUUUGGAAAUUUAAAUAAAAUUGGAUCACAUCACAAACAGACCCUCCAGAAUUUUGUGAUGGAUUUUAAAUGGAAGCACAUUUUACCAAUCCCUGCAAAUGAUGCGCUGCCUCGCAAGUUUUUACAGAGCCUGCAAGUUCCCGGCACAUUUUCACCGAUCGAAUUUGUCUCUAAGCGCCGCUCAAAUGCGCACGUCAACUGUCUAAUCUAAACGUGUGUUUUAUGUGUGUAGACAAAGCAGAGACAACAAAGUGUAACACUAUAACAACUCUUUAUUUAUCAAACGACACAAUUGUUGUCCUCCUUCAUAGCUCGGACCCCCGUCUUGUUUCUGUAAUCCUUCUGGAUAAUAUAGUAUAUAAAUAUUUACUUCCUCGUUUACAUACAUUUAUUUACCAUUUAUUUAUGCAGGGUAAGAGAAUUAAGAACAUUUUUUUGAUUUGCAUUGCUGACCUAUCAAAGAGGCAGCAUUUACAUGUUAGAGAUGUUGAAGUGUGAUAAUUAUCUCUUAUAGUCUCACAUUUACCAAAAAAAUGUGCGCUAUAGAUCGCUCUACACAGUUCGCAAAUGCUCUUAACAUGCGGGGGUAAAUGUGUUGGAACGUACAGUAAAUGAAUGUUUAAGAUGAACAAACAGUUUUCAAGAGUAAAACAUAUGCGGAGGAUGCCUGCAACUUAUGGACCACAGAGCUGACGGCAGACAAUAAGAAAGCUUUUGGUCUGUUUUUUUUUUCUGUAAUCAUAAUUAAAUAUUCAUAUUAGUCAUAAUGAAUUAAAACAGUACAGUUUUUAGACAAUGAUCUCUAAGUAUGUGCUUUUACAAAUUUAGUGUCUACUUUUAAGUCUGUGUGCUACAAAACGAGUAAAACAUCAAUAUAAUAUUUGUUUUACAAUUUUUAUUAAAGUCAUGUGCUUUUUGAGAAUACGGUUGACAAGGAACAGGCUCCAGCACCCCCCACAACCCCGAGAGGGACAACCGGUAGAAAAUGGAUGGGUUACGAGGAACACUUAAUGAGUUUAUAAUAAAUGUAUCAAAUCGCAAAUUGAUUCAAUGUUACUGCGAAAAUAAAUCCUCAAAAUAUUGGAACUAAAAGAGCUGCUGCAAAGUCAGGCAUUUUAGGCCGGAACAAUUGCAAAAAAAAAAAAAAAAUGCCAACAAAAUCGUGGGGGACUGAUUAAUAUAAAUAUUUGCAUUAUACAAAUGUAUCCUAAAAUGUUAUUGAAUAUUUCUUUCAGCAGCCAUAAAAUAUUUCAACUUAAAUGUCGGACAAAUAUGGACGCUCAUGUUUGCUUAUUUAACAUUCCAGGCUGGCCCCUCUUAAAAGAACCGGCUCCAGCACCCCCCACGACCCCGAGAGGGACAACCGGUAGAAAAUGGAUGGGUUACGAGGAACACUUAAUGAGUUUAUAAUAAAUGUAUCAAAUCGCAAAUUGAUUCAAUGUUACUGCGAAAAUAAAUCCUCAAAAUAUUGGAACUAAAAGAGCUUCUGCAAAGUCAGGCAUUUUAGGCCGGAACAAUUGCAAAAAAAAAAAAAAAAAUGCCAACAAAAUCGUGGGGGACUGAUUAAUAUAAAUAUUUGCAUUAUACAAAUGUAUCCUAAAAUGUUAUUGAAUAUUUCUUCCAGCAGCCAUAAAAUAUUUAAACUUAAAUGUCAGACAAAUAAGGACGCUCAUGUUUGCUUAUUUAACAUUCCAGGCUGGCCCCUCUUAAAAGAUCCAUCAAAUGCGGCCGUUGAGGUUUUCUCCACACUACUUUCCAUCACGACUAUCAACAAUCUUUGCUGCUUAUGCUAACACGUAAACACCAAGCGUCAUACUGUGUCCUUGUCUGUACGUGCACACACGCGCACACGCCCGCCAUAGCGAAGGCAACCUUUUCUUGUGAGUGACAGGUUAAGUUUGCCAAAAUAAUGAAUAAAACGUGUAAAAAGAAGUAGGAGGAGAGGGAGGGGCGUACAAGAAGUGUGUAUGUGAUUGUGUAGUGUGGUGCAACGUGACCAUGUGUGACAAGUGUGUUAACAAAAAAAAAAAAACAUUUAGAGAAAAGAAAAAGUGAAGUAAUUAUCAUGAACAUUAAUGUAGGAAAACAGCACUGUUGAUAAGUUUUUCAGGUGUCACGUCAAAAUGGUGUUGAUUAAAUUUUUUAUUUCUCGUUAGCGAGCGACUGAGCGAGCGAGCGAGCAAGUGAGCGAGCGAGUAUGUGAGGAUGAUGAUUUUAGCUCCUUCUUGUUUUGGACUGCCGGUCCAAAUGUUGCUCCAUUCUUUGUACAGAUGAAGCUACACACAAAAAAAAAAUAACAAGAAGAGGGCAAAAUUUGUAAAAUAUUGUGUCUGUGACUCCUUGUAAAAUAUUUUCAAAUGGUUUAUUACAGAGAAUCAGUUAAUAAAUAAUGUUCAUAUUUUUCACUUCA